GUAGUUAAAUGAGAUAUAGCUAGCGACUGCUAGGAGAGAGAAUGGUGUGAGGAUUAUUGGCCUAAGGGUUGACUUUCUACUUCCCUUUCAAUUCCAUUAUACAUACAUGACCCACAUUCCAUCGUCCUUCCCGUUCCAUUCCAACCUCUGCAAACCCAUUCCAUCGUCCUUCCCAUUCCAUUCCACCACCACCAGCUUCAUUUCAGCUUUUUAAACACAUCCUUUGAAACCAUUUUCACUAUAUAUACAUCCAUCGUCUUCAAUCUGGAUUGCUCGAUUCUCUGUCUUCCUUGAUCAUAUCUUCAUGAAAACCAGUGUAAGUUAGCUCUCAUUCAGUGAUUUCAACCCAGAAAGAUAAGACAUUGUAUGAUUACAGUUUUACGAUUGUGUCUUUCCUUCAUCUAGUUCAGUAAUCAAGCCUGGCAAUCUUCGAAAUUUCUCUUCUUUAGUCUAACAUUUAUAAAAAACCUCCCCAGUAUGUAAAUUUAGGCAAUCUUUGAUUUCUCCAGUUGAAAAAACAGAAAAAGAUUUGAAAAAAAAAAAAAGAGAUCUUGUUUCGAUCUGGCUCGAGUUCAGUCGAUUGUGUAGAAAUACCUGUAUAAAAAUCGACAAAUUAUGUAAGGUAUCUGCCAUUGAUCUUUAGAUCCUAUCAGAAAAAAUCCAAAAAAAAAAUUGUAGUUAGUUUCUAGUAUAGAUAAUUUGGUAGUGAAGAGGGAAUCGAAAGUGUUGGAAAUGGAAGGUGGGGAUGGGCCAACGCCGCCAGUAUCAGCACCGGCGACGCCUGGAACUCCCGGAGCUCCUUUGUUCACGUCUCUGCGAGUGGACUCCAUGUCAUAUGAUCGGAAGUCAAUGCCCCGUUGCAAGUGCCUGCCUGUUGGUGCUCCAUCAUGGAGUUCAACUCACACCUGCUUCACCGAUUUCCCAUCUCCAGACAUCUCUCUCACCCGAAAGUUGGGAGCAGAAUUUGUGGGAACAUUUAUAUUAAUCUUCGCGGCAACAGCAGGACCAAUAGUGAAUGAAAAAUACGCAGGAUCGGAGUCGCUACUAGGAAAUGCAGCAUGUUCAGGACUGGCAGUGAUGAUAAUAAUACUGUCGACGGGUCAUAUCUCAGGAGCCCAUUUAAACCCAUCGCUGACCAUCGCGUUUGCAGCACUGCGUCAUUUUCCAUGGGCACAGGUCCCUGGUUACAUCUUAGCACAAGUAUCAGCCUCCAUAUGUGCUUCUUUUGCUCUCAAAGGAGUCUUCCAUCCCUUUAUGUCUGGUGGUGUCACUGUUCCUUCUGUUAGUACUGGCCAAGCUUUUGCUCUCGAGUUCCUCAUAACCUUUAAUCUCCUGUUUGUUGUCACAGCUGUUGCCACCGAUACUCGUGCUGUGGGAGAAUUGGCUGGUAUAGCAGUUGGAGCUACUGUUUUGCUCAACAUUCUUGUUGCUGGGAAAUCAAGUGGUGCUUCGAUGAAUCCAGUGCGUACUCUAGGUCCAGCAAUUGCAACAGGGAACUACACAAUGAUAUGGAUAUACCUAUUGGCACCGACGCUUGGAGCACUUGCCGGAGCUGCAGUUUACACGUUGGUGAAACUUCCGGCAGUGGAGGGAGAGCAGCAACGAAGCUUCCGUCGUUGAGGUAUUGGCCUAACAGCUGCCUUUUUAUCUUAGUAUGUGGUGUGUGAUCUUAAUAAAAGGGGAUAUGUGGGUCCCUUAGCUUGGAACUGGUGUGCAACUGCGUGUAACACGAGAGAUCGUGCAUAUGUUUUUAUGGUUUUUGUGUUGAUUAUUGUAAUAAAAGAAUGAUGUAUAAUAUUUGAAGUUGUGAUAUGUUAAUUAGAAAUGUAC